AAGACAACUCACCCGAAGCUCACCAAUUACACAACAACAGUACGACGACGUGUCGAGACAUCAAGCAUCAGAAACAAACGAACAAUUGAAGGGUAACGUCAACUUGAAUCGCCGAUGGACCUCGCUGACGAGCUGCUAAACGAUCUCGAUGGGGACUCGGGCUCGGAAGGGAUGGCAGGGGAGGUAGAUGAAGACGGGUUUUUGCGGCCGAACUUGCCGGUCUCAUCGAGCACUAAACGCAAGCAGAGCGGGAUGGAGGGGGACGAAGACAGCGAUGAUGACGGUGAUGAUGAGGAGGGCCGAGAGAUGGACGAGAAAGUCGGCUUGCUCAGUUUGCCCACUAAUGGCACAGAACCCGCCCAGGAGAUGGACAUCGAUGACGUCAAAAAGAUGGUACUGACCGAUGUCGACGAUGUUGGAUCGGUCGCUAAGCUGUGGAACAGUCGAACGCUUAAAGACGUGAUGGCAAAAAUUGAACAUUACGCCGAAAAUCCUUCUGGCGAGACGGCCAUGAGUAAUGAUGCAGCCGAAUACCGACUGAUUGUUCAAGCAAACAACUUAGCGGUGGAAAUUGAUAACGAAGUGAUGGUAGUCCACAAGUUCAUUAGGGAUCAUUAUGCACCCCGCUUUCCCAACCUCGAACGCUUGCUUCCCAACCCUUACGAAUAUCUAAGAGCUGUGAGGUUGUUUGGAAACUCGCCGGACCUCAGUUCAGUUAGAGGCUUUGAAAACGUCUUGAGUUCUGCGACAGCCAUGAUUGUCACAGUCGAAGCAGCAACAGUCUCUGACGAUCGAGUCUUGACAGACCUUGAAUGGAACCGCGUCGAUAAGGCAGUUUUGGCUGCUGAAGAACUAGAAGACGCUAGACGGAAGAUUCUAGAGUACGUGGAGUCGCGUAUGUCACUCAUGGCCCCGAACCUCUCUGCGAUCGUCGGGACUCGGACCGCUGCGAAAUUAAUGGGUGUUGCGGGCGGUUUAAGUGGACUGAGCAAGAUGCCUUCGUGCAACGUUCAUUUACUAGGAGCCCAGAAGAAAAACCUGGCCACUGGUUUCUCCACGGCUCACUCGACUCACUCUCAACAGAGGCUCCAUACCGGAUUUAUAUAUCAGUGUGACCUAGUCCGGAAUACGGAAGAACCAUUCAGGAUGAAGGCCCAAAGGACGAUUGGUGCGAAAUGUGUAUUGGCAACCAGGAUGGAUCACAGUCGACAAUAUCUAGAUGGGUCAUACGGGAUGAAGUUAAAAGAAGAGAUCAAAACCAAACUCGAGAAACUAGCAGAGCCGCCGCCACAGAAGCUGACAAAGGCACUUCCAGUCCCUUCGGAAGGUCCAAAGAAACGACGAGGCGGGAAGCGGGCUCGAAAAGCCAAGGAAGCACAUGCGCAGACGGAGCUGAAGAAGUUGACGAAUCGACUGCGGUUCGGCGAGGCAGAAGAAGAGAUCGGUUCGUUCGACGAGACCAAAGGGCUGGGGAUGCUUGGCGGGAAUGCGACAGGCAAAGUGCGACUGAAUGGCGGCGAGAGUCGGUCGCGGGCGAAGCUCUCGAAGGCCAACAAAAACCGACUUUCUGCCUUACGCUCGAGUGCGGCUUCUUCAGGCCAGUCGGCAUUGACCUCGGGCACCUCCUCCUCCUUGGUCUUCACCCCCGUCCAAGGACUCGAACUCGUCGAUCCCGCCGCUCAGAGGGCAAGACAACAGGCUACACUUGAGGCCGCUAAGCCCGGCUGGUUUGCCGAGGGAAGGUUUUCCGUCGUUCCAGGCAGCAAAGGCAAGGGAGCCGCCUCUACACUACUCAAAUGAUCCGUUUGGUGUGCCUUCUAUUGGAUGAUUCGUGGCGUGAUUAUGUUUGGAUUUCAUUCAAAUUCAUCCUUUGUCCUUGAACCACUACUCCAUUUUCAAGCCAUCGUGCCAACCUUUCCUCAUCCCAUGAAAUGUAAUUUCCGUCACAUAUCCUGUUUCACUUGUGGUGAUGGGAACACCACCCACAUCAGUGCAUUGAUCAUAGCUCCGCAGUUCUCAGA